ACUCCCAGCGCAGUGUGUCUAGCCUCUCUCUCGCUCAUUGCGCGCUGCGGACUCCAAAGGCAGUGAAGUUUAUCACGUAUUCUUUUAUCGCAGGGCUUCAGUGGAAGCCGCCUCAUGAGGAAUUGUGAACGGUGAAAAGGCGAAAGGUCAGAGGUCAGGAUGACGACAGUAGCCGCAGAAUACGAGCACAUGGACAUCCAGCAGCAAUACCAGGACAGUGUCAACAACCGCUGGGAAGACGAAUGGGACAAUGAGAACAGCUCGGCCCGAUUAUUCGAGCGCUCGCGCAUCAAGGCUCUGGCAGACGAGCGAGAGGCCGUGCAGAAGAAGACCUUCACCAAAUGGGUGAACUCACACCUGUCUCGCGUGUCGUGCCGGAUCACGGAUCUCUACAUGGACCUGCGGGAUGGACGGAUGCUCAUCAAGCUGCUGGAGGUUCUGUCCGGAGAGAGACUGCCCAAGCCGACGAAAGGUCGCAUGCGAAUCCACUGUCUGGAGAACGUGGACAAGGCCCUGCAGUUCCUCAAGGAGCAGCGCGUGCAUCUGGAGAACAUGGGGUCACAUGAUAUCGUGGACGGAAACCACCGACUCACGCUCGGACUCAUCUGGACCAUCAUCCUCCGCUUCCAGAUUCAAGACAUCAGCGUUGAGACAGAAGACAAUAAAGAGAAACGCUCAGCCAAGGACGCGCUGCUUCUGUGGUGCCAGAUGAAGACCGCAGGCUAUCCCAACGUCAACAUCCACAACUUCACCACCAGCUGGCGUGAUGGAAUGGCUUUCAACGCCCUCAUUCACAAACACAGGCCAGACCUGAUUGAUUUCGACAAACUGAAGAAGUCCAACGCUCACCACAACCUGCAGAACGCCUUCAACCUGGCGGAGCAGCACCUGGGGCUCACCAAACUCCUGGACCCAGAAGAUAUCAGCGUAGACCAUCCCGACGAGAAGUCUGUCAUCACUUAUGUCGUCACAUACUACCAUUAUUUCUCCAAGAUGAAGGCGCUGAAGGUGGAGGGCAAGCGUAUCGGAAAGGUGCUCGACAACGCCAUUGAGACAGAGAAGAUGAUCGAGAAAUAUGAAUCUCUGGCAUCUGAUCUGCUGGAGUGGAUUGAACAAACCAUCAUCAUCCUCAACAACCGCAAGUUUGCAAACUCUCUGGUUGGAGUCCAGCAGCAGCUGCAGGCCUUCAACACUUACAGGACCGUGGAGAAACCACCCAAAUUCACUGAGAAAGGCAACCUGGAAGUGCUUCUGUUCACCAUCCAGAGCAAGAUGAGGGCCAAUAACCAGAAAGUGUACAUGCCACGAGAGGGCAAACUCAUCUCAGACAUCAACAAGGCGUGGGAGCGUCUGGAGAAGGCGGAGCACGAGCGUGAGCUGGCGCUGAGGACCGAGCUGAUUCGACAGGAGAAGCUGGAGCAGCUUGCCAGACGCUUCGACCGCAAGGCUGCCAUGAGAGAGACCUGGCUGAGCGAGAACCAGCGCCUCGUUUCCCAGGACAAUUUCGGAUUUGACCUCCAGGCGGUCGAGGCAGCUACCAAAAAACACGAAGCCAUCGAGACGGACAUCUCGGCAUACGAGGAGCGCGUGCUGGCGGUGGUGGCCGUGGCCAGAGAGCUGGAGACAGAGAACUACCACGACAUCAAGCGCAUCGCCGCGCGCAAAGACAACGUGCUGCGUCUGUGGGAGUAUCUGCUGGAGCUGCUCAAAGCGCGCAGACAGCGGCUGGAGAUGAACCUCGGCCUGCAGCGCGUCUUCCAGGAGAUGCUCUACAUCAUGGACUGGAUGGACGAGAUGAAGAUGCUGCUGCUGUCUCAGGAUUACGGGAAGCAUUUGCUGGGAGUGGAGGAUCUGCUGCAGAAGCACGCUCUGGUGGAGGCCGACAUCGGCAUACAGGCCGACCGCGUCAAAGCCGUCAACGCCAACGCACAGAAGCUUGCCGUGGAUGAGGAGGGUUACAAACCUUGUGACCCUCAGGUCAUCCGUGACCGCGUGGCCCACAUGGAGUUCUGCUACCAGGAACUGACCCAGCUGGCAGCGGAGCGUCGCGCCCGUCUGGAAGAGUCCCGCCGCCUGUGGAAGUUCUUCUGGGAGAUGGCGGAGGAGGAGGGCUGGAUUCGCGAGAAAGAGCAGAUCCUGUCCUCGGACGACUGCGGUAAGGAUCUGACGGGUGCCGUGCGUCUGUUGAGUCAACACCGCGCUCUCGAAGACGAAAUGAGUGGCCGCGCCGGUCACCUCCAGCACACGGUGCGCGAAGGUCAAGCGAUGGCUGAUGCUGGGCACUUCGGCGAAGCCAAGAUUCGCGAACGUAUCGCGGAUGUCCAAGCCCAAUGGGCCGCUCUGGAGCAACUGGCUGCGGUGAGGAAAAAGCGCUUAGAAGAGGCUUGCAGCCUUCAUCAGUUCCAAGCCGACGCGGACGACGUCGACGCCUGGACUUUGGACGAGCUUCGGAUCGUCUCCACCGCUGACGUCGGCCACGAUGAAUUUUCCACUCAAGCUUUGGUCAAGAAACACAAAGACGCGUCGGCAGAGGUUGCUAGUUAUCGCCCGGUGAUCGACGCCCUUCACGAACAGGCCCAAUCCCUGCCUCCCGAACAGGCCCAGGCUGCCAACGUCAGCGAACGGCUAGCGGGCAUCGAGGAACGCUAUAAGGAGGUUUCAGAGCUGUCCAGGAUUAAGAAACAGGCCCUGCAGGAUGCCCUGGCGCUCUAUAAGAUGUUCAGCGAGGCGAACGCGUGUGAGCUCUGGAUCGACGAGAAGGAGCUGUGGCUCAACAGCAUGGAGAUCCCAGAGAAACUGGAGGACCUCGAGGUCAUUCAACACAGGUUUGAGAGUCUGGAGCCUGAAAUGAAUAACCAGGCCUCAUGCGUGGCUGUUGUCAAUCAGAUCGCCAGGCAGCUGAUCCACAGCGGACACCCGAGUGAGAAAGACAUCAAAGCCCAACAAGACAAACUCAACACCAGGUGGAGUCAGUUCCGCGACCUGGUGGACCAGAAGAAAGAGUCCCUGAACUCGGCCUUGGGCGUGCAGAACUACCACCUCGACUGUAACGAGACCAAAUCCUGGAUCCGUGAGAAGACCAAAGUCAUCGAGUCCACCCAGGAGCUGGGCAACGACCUGACGGGCGUAAUGGCCCUCCAGCGCAAGCUCACCGGCAUGGAGCGCGAUCUGGCCGCCAUCGAAGCCAAACUGGGCGACCUCCACGGCGAGGCGGAGCGCUUGGCCGGCGAACAUCCCGACCAGGCCAAAGCCAUCACGGGACGGCUGGCCGAGAUCACCGCCGUCUGGGAGGAGAUGAAAGAAACCCUACGAAACCGUGAGGCGUCUCUCGGGGAAGCCAGCAAGCUGCAGCAGUUCCUCCGAGAGCUGGACGAUUUCCAGUCCUGGCUUUCCCGCACGCAGACGGCCAUCGCGUCCGAAGACAUGCCCAACACGCUAGCCGAGGCCGAGAAGCUUCUGACCCAACACGAAGGCAUCAAGAACGAGAUUAACAACUACGAAGAGGACUACCAGAAGAUGAGGGACAUGGGCGAGAUGGUGACGCAGGGACAAACGGACGCUCAGUACAUGUUCCUGAGACAGAGGCUCCAGGCUCUGGAUACCGGAUGGAAUGAGCUUCAUAAGAUGUGGGAGAACCGGCAGAACCUUCUAUCGCAGUCUCACGCCUAUCAGAUCUUCCUCAGAGACACCAAACAAGCCGAGGCCUUCCUCAACAACCAGGAGUAUGUUCUGGCUCAUACCGAGAUGCCCACCACCCUUGAAGGAGCAGAAGCUGCUAUUAAGAAACAGGAGGACUUUAUGACCACCAUGGAUGCGAAUGAGGACAAGAUCAACAGUGUGGUGGAGGCCGGGAGGAGACUGGCCAGUGACGGAAACAUCAAUGCUGACCGCAUCCAGGAGAAAGCAGCCUCCAUCGAUGACCGGCAUAAGAAGAACCGUGAGGCGGCCGUGGAGCUGCUCAUGAGGCUGAAGGACAACAGAGACCUGCAGAAGUUCUUGCAGGACUGCCAGGAGCUGUCCCUGUGGAUCAAUGAGAAGAUGCUGACAGCACAGGACAUGUCCUACGAUGAAGCUCGCAACCUGCACAGCAAAUGGCUCAAACACCAGGCCUUCAUGGCCGAACUGCAGUCCAACAAAGAAUGGCUGGACAAAAUCGAGAAGGAAGGGACGCAGCUGGUUUCGGAGAAGCCAGAGACAGAAGCCAUAGUGAAGGAGAAGCUGGCCACGUUGCAGAAGAUGUGGACCGAACUGGAAACUACGACUCAGACUAAAGCCCAGUGUCUGUUUGAUGCCAACAAAGCCGAACUCUUCACGCAGAGCUGUGCCGAUCUGGACAAGUGGCUGGUGGGUCUGGAGGGUCAGAUCCAAUCGGACGACUACGGCAAAGAUCUGACCAGCGUCAGCAUCCUGAUGAAGAAACAACAGAUGCUGGAGAACCAGGUGGAGGUGCGUCAGAGGGAGGUGGAGGAGCUCCAGUCUCAAGCUCACGUGUUGAGACAGGAGGGAAAGGACACAGACGAGGUGGAUGGACGCCGGAAGGUGGUGGAGCAGAAGUUUAAGGAGCUGCUGGAUCCGUUGCAGAAGCGGAAAGACUUCCUCAUGGCCUCUCGGGAGAUUCACCAGUUUAACCGCGACGUGGAGGAUGAGAUUCUCUGGGUUGAGGAGCGGAUGCCUCUUGCUACGUCAACAGACCAUGGCCACAAUUUACAGACUGUUCAGCUGCUUAUCAAGAAGAACCAGACAUUACAGAAGGAGAUCCAGGGCCAUCAGCCGCGCUGCGACGACAUCUUCGAGCGCAGCCAGAGCAUCCUGAAGGCCGACAGUCCCAACGUGGAAGCCAUCCAAGCCCGUCUGUCCGACCUGCAGCAGCUGUGGAGCCUGAUCAUCCAGGAGACGGAGAAACGUCACGCCAGACUCGAGGAGGCCCACAAGGCCCAGCAGUACUACUUUGACGCAGCUGAAGCUGAAGCCUGGAUGAGCGAGCAGGAGCUCUACAUGAUGUCUGAAGAGAAGGCCAAGGAUGAGCAGAGCUCAGUGGCCAUGCUGAAGAAACACCAGAUCUUGGAGCAGGCGGUGGAGGACUAUGCUGAAAACGUGCACCAACUGUCCAAGACGAGCCGAGGCCUGGUGGCCGCAAACCACCCCGAGAGUGAGAGGAUCGGCAUGCGUCAGUCACAGGUGGAUAAGCUGUACGCCGGACUGAAGGACCUAUCAGAGGAGAGGAGAGGCAAACUGGAGGAGCGCUUCCGCCUCUUCCAGCUCAACCGGGAGAUGUUGCAGGAGCGCUUCCGUGAGUUUGCUCGCGACACGGGAAACAUCGGUCAGGAGCGCGUGGACGGCGUGAACCGUAUGGCUGACGAGCUCAUAAACGCAGGGCACACUGACGCAGCGACUGUAGCCGAGUGGAAGGACGGUCUGAACGAGGCCUGGGCCGAUCUGCUGGAGCUCAUCGACACACGCACGCAGAUUCUUGCCGCGUCCUACGAGCUGCACAAGUUCUACCACGACGCCAAGGAGAUUCUGGGACGCAUCCUGGACAAGCACAAGAAGCUUCCAGAAGAGCUGGGCCGAGACCAGAACACGGUGGAAACCUUGCAGAGGAUGCACACUACAUUUGAACACGACAUUCAAGCUCUCGGGACGCAGGUCAGGCAGCUGCAGGAGGACGCCGUGCGCCUGCAGUCAGCGUAUGCUGGAGACAAAGCGGACGACAUCCAGCGGCGUGAGGGAGAGGUGCUGGAGGCCUGGAGGAGUCUGCUGGAGGCCUGCGAGGGCCGAAGGGCCCGACUGCUCGACACCGGAGACAAGUUCCGCUUCUUCAGUAUGGUGCGAGACCUCAUGCUGUGGAUGGAGGACGUCAUCCGCCUCAUCGAGACGCAGGAGAAGCCCAGGGACGUGUCGUCUGUCGAGCUUCUCAUGAACAACCACCAGGGUAUCAAGGCUGAAAUCGAUGCCCGUAACGACAGUUUCACGACCUGCAUCGAGCUGGGCAAAUCUCUCCUGGCACGGAAACACUAUGCAUCAGAGGAGAUCAAAGAGAAGUUGUUGCAGUUGACGGACAAGAGGAAAGAUAUGAUUGACAAGUGGGAGGACAGAUGGGAGUGGCUUAGACUGAUUUUGGAAGUGCACCAGUUUUCACGUGACGCCGGCGUGGCAGAGGCGUGGCUGCUGGGACAGGAGCCGUACCUGUCCGGCAGAGAGAUGGGACAGAGUGUGGACGAGGUGGAGAAGCUGAUCAAACGUCACGAAGCCUUCGAGAAAUCAGCCGCUACUUGGGAGGAACGCUUCUCAGCUUUGGAGCGACUGACCACGGUAAGAGAGAGAGAGAGAGUGUGUAUAUUUUACAGAGAAGGAGAGCAGAUUGCCCAGAACGGACUACCAUCAGACCAGGACUCUCCACGGGAUGGAGUGGAGGGCGAGAUGAACGGAGUGGCUGAGAGGAGCUCGAAGGAGCCGAGUCCCAUCCCGUCUCCGAGCGCAGACAGACGGGGCAGAGGCAGUCAGUCAGCCACGCUGCCGGCGAAGGGUCAGGAGACGGCGUCUGCGCAGCUGGAGGGAUUCCUGCACCGCAAACACGAGUGGGAGGGCCACAACAAGAAAGCCUCCAGCAGAUCCUGGCACAACGUGUACUGCGUCAUCAAUAACCACGAGAUGGGCUUCUACAAAGACAACAAGAGCGCGGCGCAGGGCGUCCCGUACCACAGCGAGAUCCCCAUCAGCCUGAAGGAUGCCGUCUGCGAGGUGGCCAUCGACUACAAGAAGAAGAAGCACGUCUUCAAGCUCAGAGUUACUGAUGGAAAUGAGUAUCUCUUCCAAGCCAAAGAUGAUGAGGAGAUGAACACAUGGAUCCAGGCCAUUCAGAACGCCGGCAGCGGCUCCUCGUCCUCUGAGAAGUCAGAGAUCACGCCUAGCAACCAGAGCACCCCCGCCUCCAGCCGCGCCCACACGCUCCCGGCAACCGUCACCCUGACGACCGAAUCCAGCCCCGGCAAGCGCGAGAAGGACAAGGAGAAGCGCUUCAGUCUCUUCAGCAAGAAGAAGCAGUAGACAACCGAAACAUUCGAUUCGCUCAUUCCCUCGAUUCUUUUACGACUUUCCGUUUGUGUCCGCCCACCUCCUCCAGUGAUAUCCCAGCAUGCAAAGCUCAUAAAGACGCCACAAUCUGUGCCUGAAAGCCCGCGAAUUGGGUCCAAAGUUGUACAAAACGCAAGGAAAAUCAAGAGUGUGUCGCGAUUCGGGAACGUCGGCGAUUCGAAUGCCGUUUUUUUUACGCUCUUCCGUUUCUAUCAUGGUUGAUUUCGAAUUCUGACUAUUGCUAUCUCUCGUUUUUUGUAACUGUGUGUCAUUGAGGGGUGUCUGGAUAUUUAAAACAUUUCCUCAAUUUUUAUGAGGCUGUCUCAGAGAUUCGCCGAGUCUCUCUUCGUUGACAGUGAUGCUUCGAAACGAUUCCAUUAAACCGAUACAAUUCCACUUUAACGUCAGAUUUGCCUUUUAACAACUAUAAGCUGAUAAACUAAUAUGAACGUAGAUUAACAUUGGCUUGAAGGCCUGGUAGACUUGUGUAAUUUGAUCAAAUCGAGGUGGCUCGUACCAAACGCUUUCACGAGCUGUAAGAGCGUUUGCUAUAUACAGAGAACUAGUAACCUGAAUCAUUUGACGUCAUGCUUUUUUUUCUUGUUCUUUUGUUUGAUUGUCAUUUCUCUUGGGUUUUAUUAUAAUAUAUGUUUCAAAUAAUUCUAGUACAAAAGAGUAUAAAAAUUAGAUGUAUUAUAAACACGUUAAAGCAUCAAUGUUAAGUGAACAGUGGAACAUUUACUGGUAAACAGGUAACGUUACUCCAGCUUAAAAAAAAAAAGUACAAAAAGAACAAAAAAAAUGAUGAAUACGGUUACUUGCUUGUGGGCUAUAGCACUGAGCAUUCUCUUUUUACUCUUUGUUUUCUCGUUUGGGCUUCAUCCCGCUCUCCUGCUCUGAUACAUAGUGCGCAUCCCCUCCGUCACUGUAUCUAUUGUAAUGAGAUUUUCAUCUACUGCACAAUCAAAAGCAUCAUAAUAGGAAUGAAAUCCUGGCGAUGUCGGGCGUCCUGAGCGCUACAGAUCCUCCGGCCGGCGCUCAGAUGUAUGAAACUGCACCUGUAGACUUUAACCUCCCUGCCCUGUUAAAUAUGUGCAAUGUCAUUAAAUGCUUUUAAACAUUA